CGGAGUUCUGCCGUGUCUGGUCUUCCAUUGUGUGUUCUGCCUGUCAAUCAAACACGUAUGGACCAAUCGAGAGGCGGCUCUAGGGUGGCCCCGCCCACGAGGACAUCCGCUUCAGCCCCCCUCUGAGGCUUGUCAAUCAAUCAGCGGGCGGUGACAGACUGAGCUCGCUUCUAUUGGUCAGCGGUGCUGUCAAUCAGAGCUCUGCCCUCCCAUUGGGUCCUCGCUUCCGUCUGUCACUUCGGAAGGCCAGCGCCCAUUGGUGGAGCUGUCACUCCAUCACGUGUCCUAUUGCUCGGGGGAGCUGCCCAUCAAGCCCCGAGCCGCAGCGGAUUGGCUGCCGAUCAGACGUCUCGUUGUCAGUUGGCCAGCGCGCCGCCGAGCGGAACGCCGAUUGGUCAAGAGGCAGCAGAAGGGGCGGGUCCCCAAGGGCGGUGCCCGGGCGGCCCCGGAGGAGGAAGAUGGCGCCGUGAGCGGUCGGAGCCGCCGCCGCUCGGGCCGAUCCAGAGGCAGCAUGGCUGCGACUGCUGCCGUCAGCCCCAGUGAAUACCUGCAGCCGGCAGCCUCCAGCGCCCAGGACUCCCAACCUUCUCCUCUCGCCCUCCUCGCAGCGACAUGUAGCAAAAUCGGGCCCCCUGCAGCCGAAGCCGUCGUGACCCCUCCUGCCCCUCCUCAGCCAGCGCCACGCAAGCUCGUCCCCAUCAAACCCGCUCCGCUCCCGCUGGGCUCCGGUAAGAACAGCUUUGGGAUCCUGUCGUCGAAAGGGAACGUCCUCCAGAUCCAGAGCUCUCAGGUCAGCGCCUCCUACCCCGGGGGGCAGCUGGUUUUUACCAUCCAGAACCCAGCUGUCAUCAACAAGGGCACCCGCUCGUCCACCACCAACAUCCAGUACCAGGCAGUGCCCCAGAUCCAGGCCACGGGGGGUCAGACCAUCCAGGUGCAGCCCAACCAGAUCCAGAUUAUUCCCGGCACCAACCAAGCCAUCCUCACCUCUUCGUCUUCCUCUCACAAGCCCGUGCCCAUCAAACCAGCUCCGGUGCAGAAGGCUGGUGCUUGCCCAGCGCAGGGCACGAGCAGCGUGCUCAAGUUAAGCGGUGGCAGCAACGUGACUCUGACCCUGCCUGUGAACAACCUGGUGAACGCUGCCGAAACGGGGGCCCAGGCUCAGCUCCUGGCAGAGAGCACCUCAAAACCCAUCAAAAAGCCUCGGAAGAAAGCCAUGGCACCUGCCCAGCCCACCACGGUGGCCGUGACCGAGCAGGUGGAGACCGUGUUGAUAGAGACCACGGCAGAGAACAUCAUCCAGGCGGGCAACAACCUGCUGAUCGUGCAGAGCCCGGCCUCCGGCCAGCCGGCCGUGGUGCAGCAGGUCCAAGUGGUGCAGCCCAAGCAGGAGCCGCAGGUGGUGCAGAUCCCGCAGCAGGCCCUGCGUGUGGUCCAGGCAGCCUCUGCCACGCUCCCCACUGUACCCCAAAAACCCUCCCAGAACUUCCAGAUCCAGACGACGGAAUCCGCUCCUACCCAGGUCUACAUCAAGACCCCAUCAGGUGAGCUGCAGACAGUGCUGCUCCAGGAAGCCCCAGCCAUCACCGUGGCUCCAUCUGGGACCUCUUGCAGCAGCCCCGUGUCCCGCAGCUCUGGCACGGGGGGGUCCAGCAGCACCAGCAGCAGCAGGAAAGCCCCAGUGCGCAAGGAGCGCACCCUGCCCAAGAUCGCCCCAGCCGGAGGCAUCAUCAGCCUGAGUGCAGCACAGCUGGCGGCUGCAGCACAGGCCAUGCAGACCAUCAACAUCAACGGCGUGCAAGUGCAGGGUGUGCCUGUCACCAUCACCAACAGUGGAGGCCAGCAGCAGCUCACUGUGCAGAACGUGUCCGGCAGCAACCUGACCAUCAGCGGCCUGAGCCCGACCCAGAUCCAGCUGCAGAUGGAGCAAGCGCUGUCCGGAGAGGCUCAGCCUGGGGAGAAGAGGCGGCGGAUGGCGUGUACCUGCCCCAACUGCAAGGAUGGGGACAAGAAGACGGGCGAUGCAGGGAAGAAGAAGCACAUCUGCCACAUCCCCGAGUGCGGGAGGACCUUCCGCAAGACCUCUCUGCUCCGUGCCCACGUGCGCCUGCACACGGGCGAACGUCCCUUCGUCUGCAACUGGGUGUUCUGCGGCAAGCGCUUCACACGCAGUGAUGAGCUGCAGCGGCACGCGCGCACGCACACAGGUGACAAGCGUUUCGAGUGUGCGCAGUGCCAGAAGCGCUUCAUGCGGAGCGACCACCUCACAAAGCACUAUAAAACCCACCUGGUCACCAAGAACUUGUAGGGCCUGGAGCUGCCCCACGGCCGAGCGGACAGAGCCCAGAGCCAGGGGUCCCCAUGCAGCAGUGCCACGGAGAGGAGCCCUCGGGGACAUCCUCCUGCCCUUGGCCGAUGCCACCACGCAGCAGCAGCAGCAGCAGCCGCUUCCAUAGGGGGCGAGGGGCUGAGCAUCCCUGC